UGCUGUGAACCCGGUGACGGAAGGAAAUGUGUCCUUCCCGAGGGGACGGGGCGCGGCUGGGCGCUGGUGCGGACAGGACGGGGGGCGCAGGAGCCUCCGCACCGGCAGGGGGCGCGGAUUGCUUGGCGAGCAAGAAGGCUCAUUGUGUGCUCAACACUGUCUGAAUAAUUUGCUACAAGGGGAAUAUUUUAGUCCUGUUGAGUUAUCCUCUAUUGCACAGCAGUUGGAUGAGGAAGAAAGAAUAAGAAUGGCAGAGGGAGGAGUGUCUAGUGAAGAAUAUAGAACAUUCUUACAGCAGCCUUCUGUAAAUAUGGAUGAUAGUGGCUUCUUCUCAAUUCAAGUGAUAAGCAAUGCCUUGAAAGUUUGGGGUUUAGAACUUAUCCUCUUCAACAGUCCAGAAUAUCAGAGACUUGGGAUCGACCCUAUAAAUGAAAAAUCAUUUAUUUGUAAUUAUAAGGAACACUGGUUUACAAUUCGAAAGUUAGGAAAACAGUGGUUUAACUUGAACUCUCUCUUGAUGGGUCCAGAACUAAUAUCAGAUACAUAUCUUGCACUUUUCUUGGCUCAAUUACAACAGGAAGGUUAUUCCAUAUUUGUAGUAAAAGGUGACCUGCCAGACUGUGAGGCUGAUCAGCUUUUGCAAAUGAUUCGGGUACAGCAGAUGCAGCGACCAAAACUAAUUGGAGAAGAGGCUGCACAGUCAAGAGAUCAGAGGCUGCCCAGAAGUGAUGUUGACCAAGCAAUAGAAGUUAACCAUCCUUUUGAUGGAACAGGCAUGUUAGAUGAAGAUGAAGAGAAUUUUCAAAGAGCCCUUGCUCUAAGUAGGCAGGAAAUUGACAUGGAAGAUGAAGAAGCUGAUCUUCGCAGAGCCAUUCAACUCAGCAUGCAAGGUAGUCGUCGAAGUGAGUUCUCAGGCUCAUUACCACAGAAUGUUCCUCAGUCGCCUCACACCAGUCAGACAGACUCCCUUUCUUCAGAAGAGCUGCGAAGGAGGAGACAAGCAUAUUUUGAAAAGCAGCAACAACAGCUACAGCAGCAAGAUCAGACCCCGAACCUACAUGAUAAGCCAACUCCAAGCUCAAGCACUCCAGAAGCUGACCCAGGAGGUGAUAUGAGUGAAGAAGACAUGCUUCAAGCAGCCAUGAAUAUGUCUCUGGAAUCUGUUUGAAACCACUUGAAUAAAGAAGAGAAGAAAUGACAUAACUUUUUUUUUUUUUCUCCUCUUAUUGUCAAAACACUAGGUCCCCAUUAUAAUUUUACUGUGUGGAUGUUGCACAAGCAGGGUUCAUUUCAGAGUUCUGGAAGCAGGAAUGAAAGGGGGGAUGUCAAAGUUCAGGGGGAACUGCAAAUACAAAAAAGAUUGCACUAAUUUAGAAAACUGUGGCACUCCUACUACAGAAUGUCUGUUCACAACAGUAACUGUAUUAAAGUUACUUAACUAUUCAGGUGAACAAAGUUAGACACAUGUAGCAGCUGUAGCUUGCAUUUAAAAAGCAAGUUUAAAUUGCUCUGAAGAAUUCUAAAGGUGCCAAAACCCAGUAUCCACUGAUUUCCAUCAGUACUAAUGGAAAAAUAGAUACUAGUAAUAAGUUCUGUUCAUAAAUGACAGUAAUAAAUAUAAUACAUCACUUAAAUAAAGAUAAUAAAUCACUUAAAAUGGGAAAAAUAAUAAAAUUCUGCUUAUCUUAGGUAAUUUAUUUUUGUGUUUAUUCUGAAUGACUUGAAGUCAACUGUUCGAUCCUGCUGUCCACUUCUGAAAUGACCCAUUCUGCAGGAGAAACGUGAAUUCAUAAUUUCAUACUUAGGAAUUCAUGAGAAAAUCUUCAGUGUAUUAUUGUUUAUGAUGUUACUCCUGAAUCUUUCAGUGACUCCUGACCUUCUAACACUUUCUGGUUUUACUUUCAGUUCCAGCUGUAAACUUUUCAGAUCCAUGUUUAAAGUAGGAUUUUUGCAUUGCCCUAUUGUCUUUUUGCAGAUAACUUGCCUUUUUUAGUUUGGUUAUUGUAUUUGGUUUUGUUUCCUUACACUCUUUCUAGUUAUGCCACGGUCUUUACUAUAAAAGUAGCAUAUAGUCAGUUGAGUUAAACAGAUUUUCUUUUCUACCUCUUCUGGAGUCUUUUUUUCCUGUGCAAGUUCAACCCUUCAUUCUGGCCUUUCAGUAGAAAAGAGCUGUAACUGAGUCUAGGAGAAAGGGGGAGGGGAUUUAGGUGCCAUUAAGUCAGUGCCACACACAUGAAGUGCAUUCCUGCAGUCUGAAAUGACCCCUGUGCAAGUAAUUCUUUUAAGAAUGAAUAUUUAUGUCUGUGUGGAUGUUCUUUCAGAAAUGCUUUUUAUGAGUGUCUGCCAGAAUGUUGCAGCUUUUUCAGGAAUGGCCUUUAUUCACGCACCUUACAAUUUUUUAUCAUGCUGUUUCUGAUCCUGAGAAAAAUUGGAGAGCAAAGUAUGUGAGAUAGCUUAUUCUAUUGGUUGUAAGACAUUUGCUUUGAUAUCCAGGAUGAAUGUGGAAGAGGGUGACCAAACCUGACUUUCAACUUUAGUGCAACAAUUUGGAUAUGUUUCGUUUUCCUAAAUGGUGCUUGAAAUACAAAUUCUGUUUACAUAUAAAUUAUAUGGAAAUAUGUUGUAGAUAGAGUACGUAAGGUGUAGUCCAGUUAAUGCAUUAACAGUUAGCAGAGACAUUCUAAGAAUCUUUUGAAGGUAGCCCCAAAUUUCUUUAUUGAAUAUUCUAAAGUUAUAUCAUUGCAUAAUAGUAACAAUUGAGAUUAGUAUGAAAUGAAUGGUAGCUAGAUGGAAAUGUACAUUUAGCAUCAAGUAGUACUGUACAUGAAAGGGCUCUUACCUCUCAGUAAAGAUUUGUUUACAGCAAUGAUUUGAUAGCUUAGGAUAUUGUUAUAUUAUACAUAAUUGGGCUAAAUUCUGUUUUCCUUACCUAUGCGCUGAAUUUCCACCGGUGUCACCAAAACCACUGGUAUGCGUAAAACUAUGUAUUUUAACAUGAGACAGCACUACUUUUUAAAAACUGAUUUUAAAUUUUGUCUUUUUUAAAUAAUCCUUUCAUGCACAUUAUAAUUAAUACCUAUAAUGUCUCAAAUUAAUGCAGCUAAACGAUGGCUUUAAAAGUCCAAGUGUGCAUAUGCCAUUUUGAAAUGCUAUAUUUUUCAGGAUGUAAUUUCUGCUUUCAGUUUAAAAUUUCUAUGAAACUGAAGACAGGAAAGGACUCUCUAAAGCACUGAAUUAUUUCUUUGCUCGUCUGUAAAUUAUCCACGCUUUAAUUUCCCUUCUUUUGUUGUGCCAUAAACUGAUUCUGAAAUAAGAUUCUCAUUUUUAUAAGUAGGUAUAGGCUGGCAAUUUGAUACCAGUACUUGAAACUUGGACCUUUUAUUCUGUUAUAAAAAUAUAAUACAAAUAUAUAAUUUCUAUAGCUAUAUAGUGUAAAAAAAUCUAAGCCCAUUGAAUUACAUUAACUUUAACGUGUGACAAGUACAUGUUUUUAUAAUCAGUGGAGCAUGGAGGUUUGUAUUUGAACUUUCAUGUUGCUUUGUAAGUUGUUUCAUCACCCAAGUGUUUUCAUGUGUGAGGAAUAUAAAGUAGCAGUGCCUGAAAAGCACGACUGUGUCAGUCAUUACAGGGCUAACCGUAUUCCUUUCUCUGUAGAAACAGUGUCACUCUACAAAUACCAAUGUGAUAUUUAGAGGAAUGUCAAGCUUACUGGAGUAAACGUAUCUGCCUAAUCAAGCAGUUAAGAGGUAGCAGUUUAAGUUAUGUAUGUUAAUUGCUGUGGCGGAAAUGUCUAAUACUAAUUGUUGACAGUGCAUAUUCUAUAACCCAAAGCUAAAGUUCAGAUUGUGUGGACUGCCAAGAAGCUGUCAAUAAAAAGCCAAUCUCAUUUUUUUGGUGUGCGUUCUUUCAAUGGUAAACAGUUUUCAACGUGGCUGAACUAUGCUCAUAAGGCGUUUACUAAUUUAGAGCCUGUCAAGCUGAAGUUUUUUUUUCCCACGUUGUAGCUUUAGGCCAAAGUCCACUGUAUAGGAGUAGACAUUGAUUUUUUUUUUAUUAAAGUAUGAUAUUUGAGGGAAUAUCAGGCUUCUGUCAACCAACGGAUUUUUACCAUCUUCCUCACAGUGAAUGAUCCAUGUUAUGUAAUUUGUGUUUUUCUGCCUAUAGAAAUCAAAGGGGUAGGGGGAAUGAGUGGUAUUUGCAUUAAAUAUCUUCCAAAAUGAGCUCUGUAAGUGUAAUUUUGUAAACUGUUUUCAUGAUCUUGUAGGGGCAAGAAGAAAAAGUGUUGUAACGCAGUCAUGCUUGAAUGCAAUUCUUGUUAAGUCACAACAGGUAUAAAUAUGAGGUAUUUAAAUGCUCAUGUUUUUCUGGGCUUAAAACUAAUGUGAUACAAUACUGGCUUACUCCCCAGCAUUUGGGUUCCUCGUGCCCUUCAAACAACUUCAGCAAGUUUAAAUUUUCAGCUAGUGUACUUUUAUUUAAUAUUUUUUUGUAUUUAAUUACUUUGCAGACUACUUAAAAAUAACCAAUACACAUUUAAACUUCCAAUGUGUUUUACUGUUGGACUAUUACUUCUGUUACAAAUCUAAGCCCAAGUGGUGUUUCCCAGGGCUGGUUCUUUUUAAUGUAUUUAUCGGCGAUCUGGAUGAGGGGAUGGAGUGCACCCUUUGUAACUUUCCGACACAUCAAGUUGUGUGGGAGUGUUGACGUGCUUGAGGGAAGGCAGGCUCUACAGAGGAAUCUGGACAGGCUGGAUCGAUGGCCAAGGCCAAUUGUGUGAAAUUCACCCAGGCCAAGUGCUAUGUCCUGCACUUUGGUCACAACAACCCCAUGGGAUGUUAAAGGCUGGGGAAGUGUGUCUGGAAGGCUGCAUGGUUGAUGAGGACCUGAGAGUGCUGGUUGAGAGAUGUCUGAAUACAGGACAGCAGUGUGGCCAGGUGGCCAAGAAGGCCAAUAGCAUUCUGGCUUGUACCAGAUAUGGUGUGGCCAGCAUGAGCAGGGAAGUGAUUGUGCCCUGGUAUUCGGCCCUGGUGGCCACACCUCAAAUACUGUGUUCGGUUUGAGGCCCCUCAGUACAAGAGAGACAUAAGAGGUACUAGAGCGUGUCCAGAGAAGGGCAACAAAGCUGGUGAAGGGUCUGGAGCACAAGUCUUAUGAGAAGCAGCUGAGGGGACUGGAGAAGAGGAGGCUGAAAGGAGACCUUACCGCUCUCUGUAACUACCUAAAAAGGAGGUUGUAGCGAGGUGGGUGUUGGUCUCUUCUCCCAAGUAACAAGUGAAUAGGUUGAGAGGAAAUGGUGUCAACUUGCUCCAGGGGAGGUUUGUUUGGAUAUUAGGAAAAAUUUCUUCACUGAAAGGCUGUUGAGUGCUGGAACAGGCUGCCAAGGGAAGUAGUUGAGUCACCAUCCCUGGAGGUAUUUAAAAAAUAUGUAGAUGUGGCAGCAAAGGACAUCGUUUAUUGGUGGACUUGAUCUUAAAAGGUCUUUUCCAACCUAAAUGAUUCUGUGAUUCUAUAAAAUGUUAGGGAGUUUAAAAUGGCAUCUGCACGUGUCUAGUAAAUAAUUCUGUUUCUGUAUCUUAGAUGACUAUUUUCAUUUGCAAGCCGCUUUAUUAUUAUAUUACAAAGCUGACAAUUGGGCUUUUAAAAAUGAACAAGAACAUAAUUCUAAACUAACAUUUUCUAGAAUUUACUUAUUCUAAUGAUGAAGCAUACAAAUGGUGGCCUUUUUAUUGAGAAGUAAGUGGAAUGAGAUUGGAGAACUCUAGAACUCAGAUUUACGAAGAUAUAUUAUUGUACAGUUCAUGUUACCUGCACAUACUUUUAAAAGAACUGAAAAAAUAAUCAAAGGAAAAGUUGAAGAUUAAACUUUUUUUGAAGGCUUAAAUAUAAAAUUAUGUUGCUCAUUUAGCAAGCAAUUCCAGUCUUCCAUGAAACAAACUUAACUCCUGGGAAAUCUUCAUAGUUACUCACAAAUCUUUUUUUUUUUUUAAAAAAAAAAGGUUUCAUAGGUAAUACCUAUAUGCCCAUUCCCCCCAUACACAUCAUCACUUCUUCAAGUAAGAACCAUGCUUCAUGUUAAUAUAUGUGAACCAGCCCAGUGCAAAUAUUCAGUUCUUUAGUUGCAAAUUAGUAGCUUCUUUGUGUUGUAUCUGGGUUUGCAUCUUAAAAGCAUGAGCAUUCUGCCUUUUAUGAACUUCAGACAUAGUCUGAAACAGUCCCCUCCUGCUGCAAGGACAGUUCUUCAGAAUGUUAAAAGUAUAUGUGACUUUUCAACUGCUUUUACCAAAUCAAAAUGUGUUUAUUUCCUUUGUUCAGAAAAGCACAUAACUGUUACUACCUUUAUGAUUUUUUUACACCACCAACCCUCCAAGCCUCUCUGUAUAGUCAGUGUCAAUUCAGGAGGGUAAACUUCGAAAACGGUUUGAACAGAAAGGGAUGUGAUAUUUAAAUGCCACUGCACAAGAAGAUGGAGAAAAACCUUGAUAUUGUCUUUAAAGCGUGCAAGCAUUGGUAAAAUUUUGGGGUUUGCGACAUGAAAAUCCAUGUGUACAAACCAGAAUAGAGUUAGGAUUUUGUAAAGGAAUAACUUUUCAUCUCUUGCCUAAUAGUUCUGUAUUUUAGAAAUAAUUUUCAGUAAUAGAUUUAAUGUCUUGAGAUUCUGCUUUCAAUAUCGUGUCUUUGGCUCUGGAUUCCUAUACAUUUUUUGUCUCUAUUUUGUGUACAUAAAUCAUAUAAUACUGAAAAGUUUUUAAAAAGGAAAACUGAAAUGCUAUGUCAUUGUUUUGACUGGAAAAUGGCAGUGCUGUUUGAUAUAUUGAAAAUGCUCUCCAAAUAAGCACAAAUAUAUAUGGUUGUAUUUGAUAUAACUUUUUAAAAUAAAUAUAAUUACAGCUUCUAAUGUUUCUCUCUUGACCCGAGUAUUUGCUUUCCCUUUUGUGUGGAUUGGGCACAGAAUCAUCAAACAUUAAAAUCUAAUCUUUGGUUCCACUGGGCUUUGCAUGAGAUGAUGUGCAUAAACAUUAGCGGGGGGGAUAUUCUGUUGCUCAUAACUGACAUUUCAUUAUCUCCUUUGUUGUUCCAUGUGUUGAUAUUCCAAAAUUUAUGUACAGAUUCCUGUUAAAACAAAAGCUGGUGCUGAUCAUAACUAUGGUAGAGUCUUAAAGACUGUAUGCUUUCUAAUGUUAAAAUAAGCUAAUGUUUGCUGUUUUGCUAUCAGAACACAUAUUCCUUUUGUGGCACAAUGCAGUUUUUGUAGCUCAGUCAAUCCACAGUGUAUACUGGAUGAUUUCUGUGGACCUUUAUCAACCGUAGAUGAAGCCGGUCAGCUAAAAAAAGGAGUUGCAAUGCUACAUGGUCAGUUCCUCAUUUUUCAAGAGUAGUAAUUUAAAAAAAAGUGGGAGAAAAAGCCCCCUGUGCAACUUUAUUGACUUCUUGCCUUACUUGGUGUUAUAAAAUGAACCACAAUAGG